AUGUCCGUCACCCUCCACACGUCUCUCGGCGACGUCAAGAUCGAAGUCUUUUGCGACUCGGUCCCCAAGACGGCCGAGAACUUCCUGGCCCUCUGCGCCUCAGGCUACUACGACGGCUCUGCCUUCCACCGUCUGAUCCCCGGGUUCAUGGUCCAGACCGGCGCACCCGCGAAUCCCUCGCCCCCCGAGAACCCCAAAGGCGGCCGCUCCAUCUGGGGGUCCCCCUUCGAGGACGAGAUCAAGCCGGCCCUGCGCCACGGCACCCGAGGCAUCGUCUCCAUGGCGAACAAGGGACCGGGGACGAACGGCUCGCAGUUCUUCAUCACCUUCGACAAGGCCGCCCACCUGGACGGCCUCAACACGGUCCUGGGGAAGGUCAUCGGCGACGACAGCCUCGUCACCCUGUCCAAGAUGGAGGCCGUCGAUGUCGACAAGAAGAGCAGGCCCAAGGAGCCGUUUCACAUCAACAGCAUUACCAUUCACGCCAAUCCGCUGGCAGAGUGA